CCGAUCGAUGAUCAAACGAGCUUCGAUCGGGAUGAAAUUUUAGUAUAUUGUUCCUGACAUCCUCUUCUUCAUAUCCAACGGCGGGAUUGUUGUUUUGACCUCUCGAUGUUGGUAAAAUUGCCUCUGUUUCUAUGCUGUGUUUUUGUGUGGUUUUCUCACUUUUGAGUGAAGAUUAUUGUUGUUUGGUGUUCCAAGUUGUUUCUUGAUGAUUGUGUGUACCUCUAAUUGAUUUAGAGAGGAUUCUUGGUUGUACCCACUGAUUUUUAUUGGUGAUUAGUGGAAGGCUUCGUGGCAUUUUCCUCGAUUUGGGGUUUCCACGUUAAAUCUUGGUGUUCGUUUUCGUUUGAUUGAUUGCUUGUUGUUAUGUUUGCUAUUCUUGAUCAGUCAUAUGAUUUUGCCCAUUUUGACAACACAAAGACGGGAAAAUUAUUAAUUAUUUCCGCUAGAAAAUUGAGGUGGUUUUCCCAACAAUUGGUAUCGGAGUUAUAUUUUUGGGUGAUUUUCCUGUUUUGUUAAAAUUAAGGAUAAAGUUGUUUUUGGGGGAAUGAUUAAAUUGAACUCUUCCAAUUAUCAAAGUUGGAAACCAAAGAUGGAAGAUAUUUUAUAUAUUAAGGAUUUGCAUGAAUCGAUCUUGAAUAAGGAGAUGCCAAACGGUUAACAAGAAGGUACUUGGAAAUUGCUUGAUCGGAAAACUGUUGGAAUGAUUAGGCAAUUCAUUGAUGAUAGUGUGUUUCAGCAUGUUGCUAAUGGUACCAACACUUAUGAACUGUGGGAGAAACUCAAAUUCAUGUAUGAGAGAGAAAAUGCCUUGAAUAAAACCUCUAUUAUGAGAAGACUUGUGAAACUUGAUUACAGGGAUAUGCAUAGUGUGGUAGAGCAUUUGAAUGAUUUUCAAGGCUUGAUUAACUAGUUGUCUUCUAUGAAAUUGGUUUUAGAUGAUGAAUUUUAGGUGUUAUAUCUCCUCAGCUCAUUGCUAGAAAGCUGAGAGACCUAGGUUGUACUCCCUCCGUCCCCCAUAGAUCUUCCCAAUAGCCCUUUUUCUUUGUCCACAAUAGAUCUUCUCAUUUCAUUUUUUAACAAUUAAAAUACCACAACUACCCCCACUUUAUUUAUUACACCUCACCCACCUCAUUUAAUACACUCCACCCAUUUUUCAUUAAGGGUAUUAUGGUAAACUUUCACCUUUUUUCAACUCUUCUUAAAAACCACCAAAAGUCAAAAUGAGAACAUCUUAGGGGGACGGAGGGAGUAUUACUUAGCAAUUCUGCUCUAGAGGGUAAGCUCACAAUGGAUGUUGUGAAGUCGAGUCUGAUGAACAAAGAAGCUAGGAGAAGAGAUUUGAGUUCCUCCAGUUAUUCAGAUCAGGCUCAUGUUGCUAAGGUAGAGGGUCGUGGAAGAACAGACAUAGAGACUUUGAAUCCAGGGGGAGAUCUAAAUCAAGAAGGGAAGUGAAAUGCUUCUAUUGUGAUAAACUGGGUCAUAAGAUAUCUCAGUGCAGGAAGAUGAAGCGAGAUAAAGCCCAGCGGAAAGAGGAAAAUGGUCCUUCUAAGAAGAAAGAGGAGAAAGACACAGCAGCCCUUGCAGAUGCGGAUGAUUUAUUCUUUGUGUUCGAUGACAAUAACUUCGAUGUUGCUUUUCAGGAUUGUACUUGGAUUAUUGAUUCGAGUGCCUCAUGUCAUCUCACACCUCAUCGAGAGUUCUCAUCUUACACUAGGGGUGAUUUUGGCUAUGUAAAUAUGGGAAAGGGUGACAAAUCAUCUAAGAUUAUUGGGAUGAGCACUAUUUGUUUGAAGACUAACACUGGUUGCAGGUUCACCCUCAAAGAUGUCAGACAUGUUCCAGAGUUUCAGUUCAACCUCAUUUCAGCUGGAGGACUUGAUGAGGAUGGUUAUGUUAGCUGCCUUGGUGAAGGAAAGUGGAAUCUCAUCAAAGGUUCUUUGAUCGUGGCCCGAGGUAAGAAAGAGAACAAGCUUUACAUGAUUCAAGAAAAGAUGUGCAGAGGCUUGAUCACAUGAUUGAGAGUUGUCAGAGUAUCCUCCGUGAAGGUGAUAUUCCUUUUCCGACCAUUCAAUCUGAUAAUGGGGGAUAAGUAAGAGAACAAUAUUAUGAUGAUGAUCUUGCUUGUGAUGGUGAUGUACUUGAGCCACCUCAUUUUGAGCAUGGAGUUAGUUCCUCAAAUUGGUAUAUUUGAGAGAGAUUGCUAUCAAGAAGAAAAGAAGAAGGUACACCCAAUAGAACGGUUUCAAGCCAAGCAAGAUGGAGUUAUAUCCUUGCUUGAUGGACGUAGUCAUUCCCUAGUAAAGUUGCAUGGAAGCAAGCGAGCACCCAAGAGCAAUCAGGUGUUCAAGUUGAAGAGAAGAGAGCAUUGCUCACAACCCACGAACUUGGCGCAAUUGGUUGUGAAA